UUCUUGACCUGACUAAGACAAAUUUAAACACAGCAAACUCAACCAAACAAAAACCAAAAUCCAAAAAAAAAACAUGAAUCACUCUCUCACAACAACAACCACCACCAACCAACAACAACAGCAACAUCAAACCCAUCAAGAUGGUCAACAGCAGCAACAACAACAACAACAACAACUACCACUUAAAGCAAACCAACAUCGAAUGAAUUGUAAUAAUCAACUCAGAACUAACCAACUACAGAUCCAACACCAUCCAACAACAACAGUAGAUCGAAUACAACUGCCUAACAACAAUCACUCCUCAAACUCACUCAAAGAAUCCAUCAAGUUAAACGAAACUAGGCAUACAAACAACAACAAGAAGAAGAAGAUCGAUCUGGAAAGCUUCCCUCAAGAAACCCUACUGAAGAACCUAGCUAACUUAUUCGAUAGAAUCACCUCAAGGAAUGACCAUCUCAAUAAUCACACCAGAAGAAGACCUGCAACACCCUCUAGCGAACUUGGCAGAAAACCACAGGAUCUGCUCAGACGGAGGAGACGAAGACGGCCUGGAGCUGAAGAAGCAGAACGAGCAAGCACUCAUCAAGAGGACUCAUUCAUGACUGAGAAUCUCAAUUAUUAUGAUAAUCACCCUAGACGUGAUAAUGACGAGGACUCCGAGGAUGAUGAUGAUGACGAUGAUGAUGAUGAUGACGAAACGGAAGAAGAAGAAGACGAGGACGAAGGAAGGAGACUAAACACGCGUCCAACUCAAAGCCCGACUGUUAUCCAUUUCCAAAAACUAAAUCAACAAAACACACGUUCACCGUAUUCAUCGCCACUUGCCGAACCCAGCUGUUCACCCAACACUCAUCAUAGCAGCACUAACAAGGAACAGCAGCUCUCGACGGCCUCGCUCGAACUGCUCUCAAAGCCCAACUCAAUCCUCACCUUCCAUGCGAAAAUCGUCCCGCAAAUCUCGAUCGAGGCCUAUCUGCUUCGCAUCCUCAAGUAUUGUCCAACCUCUAAUGGCGUGUUUCUUUCGACUCUAAUCUACUUGGAUAGGCUCUGUACGUUCAAUCACUGUCAUCCAUCAUCAACAGCCUCAUCAUCCUCAUCAUCACAAACAACAACAACAACAACACCAUUAUCAUCAUUAUCAUCUUCAUCAUCAAUUACAUCGACAACAACAUCAUCAACAACAACUACUACUUCAUCAUCAUCAUUAUCAUCAUCUGUAACUAAUUUCAAUGAGAUUGCUAAGAAGAAAAAGAAGAAGAACAAAUGGAAUCUGUCGCCUAAUCAUCUCACUCAAUUCAACUUCCAUUUCGUCAUCGAUUCGUGGAACGUUCAUCGAUUCUUAAUCGCCUCCAUCACUGCCGCAAGCAAACUAUUGAGCGACGUCUUUUACACCAACUCGCGAUAUGCCAAGGUUGGAGGGUUGCCGUUAGAAGAGCUCGAAGAAUUGGAGAUCAAGUUCUUGUUGAUGAGCGAUUUCAGAUUGAUGAUCAGUGCGUCCGAGUUUGAGGACUACACGGAACGAUUGCUAGGAUCAUCCUCCUCAAUCACCACCCCCACUCGCUGCAAACUCCCAUCCACAUCCACAUCCCCACCAGCAACAACAACAACAAGAAGAACGAUAAUAGUGACGGAAGAGACUGACGAAGAAUCAGAAGAAGGAAUGGAUGGUGAAGGAUCGGAUUCGGAUUCGGACACGGAUACCGAACAGGACCGGCUCAGAUCGGGCCAUCUUAACGCCAUCCUGACGCCCCAUUCUGGCCUGAUUCACCAUGAAUCUUCGUCUGCUUCCUCGGUCUCUUCCUGUAACUCUUCCGAACGUAGCUCGUGCUCGACUAUCACCCCUCAUUCUCCUCCCCCUCCUCAGACUCCUACUCAUCCUCCUAAAUCCCCGCCGGUCACCCUCCCUACUACGCCCAGAUCCGCCUUCGCUUCUUCCUCUUCCUCUUCUGCUUCUCCUUCAAUCUCUUGAUCCUUCUCCCCCCCUCCCCUUUUUUUGUCGCAAUUUUUUCGUCGUACACAUCCUCUCCCUUCCCCCUUUUUUUCUUUCCUCUCAUUUAUUUAUUUCCUCUCAUUAUUUAUUUAUUUACUUAUUUUUUUUUAAGAUAGAGAACAUCCUCCUAUCCUCUCUUCUCCCUUGAUUCAGUCAAUCAUUAUCAGUCAUCAUUUUUUUUUAUUUACUUCACAAUACUUCAUCCCCCUUUCUUUCAUGUCUUCCCUCCCUUAAGUAGAACAAGCUUUCUGUUUGUUUCUUCCCUCUCAUGUCAAUGUCAAUGUUAUUGUUUGUUUGUUUGUUUGUUUGUUUAUAGAAUUAUAAAGUACAGUAGACCCUUUUCAAAUAAAUAGAUUCAUCUAAUUUAUUGUGACUUUUUUCUUUUCUAGCCAUGGGGUGUUAAUUUAUGUUUAAUAAUAAUUUGGCUUUUUUUUUAUCCCUGAUUAAGCGCUUGUUUGCAGGCACUGAAAUAAAUGAGCAAUGUGAAGUGAAUUGUUG